CCUGCAACUUACAUCCAACACCGAACAAACGUUUACUACUCUACCGUGUUGUCCGCCCGCGCAUCGCCAUUUUGAGUCAAACAUAACCCUGCGAUUUAAAAUUCCGUCGGAUCUUGGAUACAAUCUUGCGAAUACGAAGCCAUCUGUCGAGACAUUCCGAGAGCCGCGAAUCCGUACUCUUGACCGCCCCAGCUCCAAUUCAUUCCGACAAAAUACCCCUGAUUGCCCAUCAACCACACCGCGACAUACUCCACACCUCUGCAACCCGAAAGGAAAAGCAUCAGGUCGCAAGAGAAGACCUAAAACAUAAAAGAUACCCUUGCGAGUCCGCCGGCUAUGGCGUCGUGGUACAAGGACCUGCUCACGAGCGCGUCCUCCAACAUCUCCGGGCUCCGGCGCACCUACUUCGGCGGUGAAGCCGACGGCGACACCGAUGACGACACGCAUGUCUGCCGCGUGCUGCGCGCCUACUACACCGAGAAGGGCCAGGCCCUGCCGGGCUGGUUGCCGCCCGACCCCAAGGCGCCGCCCCCGCAGCAGCCCGUCUUCGCUUCCCAGCAAGGGAGCAGGUAUGGCGGGUUCGGACAGCAGGGGCAAGGUCCAGCUGCUAGUGGGGGUUUGAGCAGCUUGUGGGAUAACAACAAUAAUACAGCCGGCGCGGGGCAGCAGAGGCAAGGGCAGGGCCAGUUUGUGAAUAGUCGCAAUCCGUUCGCUGCAGGUGCCGGUGGUGUUGCCGAUGGAGGGCAACGGGUUGGGAUGCUGGGGCAACGGGCGGCAAGCACGCCUGGCGGGGUGAGAAGCGAUGCGGUCAGCCCGACUCCAAGCGCGUCAUCGGGUGUGAGCGCGCAGGAGAAGCUGAAGCAGAGACUUUGGGGUGGAGCGAGGACUACGAGUCCGAACACGGCAGGGCCGUUCCAGCCGCCUGCCCAGCAGCAACAGCAGCAGGCUGGUAACAGAUGGGGGUGGGGAAGUGGAGGGAGCGGUGACGGCGGACAGGCAUUGCAACCUGGGAGACGCAACGAUCGACCUGUCAUGAGCGCAAACGCGCCGUGGUCUGAUGGAGGAUUCGACUACCCCGGGCCCGGCUCCAGCGCCAGCGGAGGGUCAACGGGUGGAAGGAGCUAUGGGUUACCGAGCGGCCCAAGAGGAGGGCUGCCCAGCGGGCCCCGUCCGAGGUGAGGGUUGGAUAAGGGGAUGGAGAGUUAUAGAUGCCCCGGGGACUGAAGCCCCGGCGCCGAACGGAUCAAUUCGAGGGUGGAGGUCGCAUCGGGGCGUCCGCCGCACUGCUGGACAACAUGCGGUUCCGACGAUGCGCUGGCUAGCAGGAGAUGACGGCAACCUCACCAUAUGGCCUCGGCUAAGUUCUGCUUACGCCUACGACCUCUCCUGACGCAUACCCUGGGUCUCUCCGCAGGGCGGAAUGGGGCCGAUCCUGCGUCACUUGGAGUACCAAUCGACAGGAUCAUGGGUGGCAAGUCAGGAGAUCACGAAGCCUGGAGGCGUGUUCACACAGGCAAUGGCUUUGGUAGUCCUAGGUCUGGCAAGAUGACCACUAUUGACUGACAGGAUAGAUAGGAACAUGUAGCAAAUACCCUGAAAUUAAUGGACCGAUGCUUGCUACAACAAGUGUGUAUCCGAGGUGCCCAGGUCCGAACCUUUCCCACGCUG